AUGGUUAGAGUUUAAUAAUUAAAAAAUCAAUAUUUAAAUGUAAAAGAAAAUAAAUUGGAAAUUGUUAAGAAUAAUUUAAGAAAUAAUAUAAAGUUGAGUAGUUUUAGCAUGGUAAAUUAAUUUAAUAUAAAUUUAAUAACAAUAUAGAUUAGAAAUAGAUAAAUAUAUGGGAAUAUAGAAUAAUAAGAGAUAAUAGAACAAUAAUAAAGAAAGGUAUAGAAGUAAUGAGUGAUUAAAUAUAAUUUCGAUGAAAUAAAUAGUAAUGAUAUAUAGAAAGGAAAUGAAUAAAAUGAUCAAAAAGAAAGUAAGAGGAAAUUGAAGGAAAGAUUUAAGAUAAUACAAGAUUUUAUUAAAAGAUAGUGAAUUAACUAGAAUAAAGGAUAACAAUAGU